AUGUUGGUGUCUGUUGAGUUAUUUCAUGCUCAUAGUAACAAUCUCUUAGGUUCAACUCCUAUGUCCAUUGGAAACUUGAGCAAGUUAACUGAUUUGGAACUUAGUACAAACAAAAUAGUUGGGUCCAUCCCCAUUGAGAUUGGGCAGCUUAAAUCACUCACUACCCUUUAUUUUAAUGGUAACCGACUCACUGGUUCAAUUCCUGUGUCCAUUGGAAACUUGAGCAAGUUAACUGAUUUGCAACUUAGUGUAAAUAAAAUAGUUGGGUCCAUCCCCAAUGAGAUUGGACGGCUUAAAUCACUUACUAUCCUUUAUUUGAAUGAUAACCAGCUCACUGGCCCAAUUCCUGUGUCCAUUGGAAACUCGAGUAAGUUAACUGAUUUGGAACUUGGUGGAAACAAAAUAGAUGGGUCCAUCUCCAAUGAGAUUGGACAGCUUAAAUCUCUUGAAGAGAUUUACUUGUCUGGGAACCAUAUUAGUGGCUCAAUUCUUGCAUCCAUUGGAAACCUUACAUCCCUCGCCAUCUUCAGUUUGUUCGCUAACAACAUUACAGGAUCCCUUCCUCCUGAAAUGAAUAACCUUGCAAAUCUGGAAUACAUUUUUUUAAGCAAUAACUUCUUGUAUGGCUCUCUUCCAGAAAAUAUUUGCCUGGGUGGAAGACUUAAAAGGGUUGCGAAACUUUAUCUGUCCUCCAAUCUUCUUGUAGGAAAAAUUCUAGAGGAAUUGGGCCAAUUGAGAUUGCUUUACGUUCUUAAACUCAAUAAUAUUACACUUUCUGGAAAUGUUCCUACACAAACCGGGAUGUUUUUUGACCUUCAACAGGUUGACCUUGCAGACAACAAAUUGAGUGGACUAUUUCCCAAACAUUUGAAGCUGUGUACAAACCUACAAUGGUUGAACUUGAGAAACAAUAGAUUCAAUGGGGUUGUUCCUUUUCAGAUUGGAAUUUUCAGUCUCUUCGAAAUGUUGAUCUAG